UACGUAUAGGCCUAGUGAGUGCGUAGCUUAACUACCAAUGAGACCUGGUGGAGGUCCUCCGGGACCUCCGGGACCGCCUGGUUUCGGAGGACCUCCUGGACCGCCUGGUUUUGGAGGACCUCCUGGUCCGCGUCCUCUCUUCGGUGGCUUUUUUGAUUUCAUUGGUGCAUGUGUGAGUUUUCUGUGUUGCUGCUGGUUAUUGCAAGACUGCUUCGGUGGGCCACCACCAGGGCCUCCAGCACCCUUUGGGCCACCUGCACCAGGGCCUCCCGCACCCUUUAGCCCACCUGCACCGGGGCCUCCAGCACCCUUUGGCCCACCUGCACUAGGGCCUCCCGCACCCUUUGGCCCACCUGCACCAGGGCCUCCCGCUCCGUUUGGCCCACCUGGCCCCCCCGGUCCACCUGGCCCGCCUGGACCACCACCUCCAUGAGAUCAUCAAGCAGGCUUGAGUUUCCAAAAAUCUCUCGUGUCGCAUACACAGCUUAUAUAGUAGUAGCAGGAAUGUGUACAAUAACUUUGAAUUAGAAAUAGAGUUGUAAUUCCGACUAAAUUCCGAGUCCAAAUAAUUCGUGAUCAUUUACUGUUUGAGUUUAAUUUAAUAUUGGAGAAGAAAGUACAAUAAAAAAAAUUAAAUGAUUAGCUACCGUUAAAUUGAGAUCGAACCAUAGGCGACCACCUUUUUUCGGAUCCUGGGGUCAAGAAGAACAAGUCUGUAAUUCCAGUCAUUACUGAGUUGUAAUCUUGAGUCAGUACUGAGUUUUAAAUUUAUUUAAAUUUACAAUUUGCUAUUUA